AUGAGUCAACACAAUAUUCUCGAAGCUCUAAACGUUCGGGUCGUGGGUACGGGCGAUCGGAUCCUGGUUUUAGCUCAUGGAUUCGGUACGGACCAAUCAGCUUGGCACCUAAUCCUCCCUUACUUCACUCCGACUUACACAGUCGUCCUCUACGACCUAGUUUGCGCCGGAAGUGUAAAUCCCGAUUACUUCGAUUUCAAUCGUUACACAACACUCGAUCCUUACGUCGAUGAUCUUCUCAACAUCAUCGAUUCACUCGGAAUCCACAACUGCGCUUACGUCGGUCACUCUGUUUCCGCGAUGAUCGGAAUCAUAGCUUCGAUUCGUCGGCCGGAGCUUUUCUCGAAAUUGAUCCUAAUCGGAGCUUCUCCUAGGUUUUUAAACGACGAAGAUUACUAUGGGGGUUUCGAAGAAGGUGAGAUCGAGAAGGUUUUUUCUGCUAUGGAAGCUAAUUACGAAGCUUGGGUUCAAGGAUUCGCUCCGUUAGCAGUCGGAGCUGAUGUUCCGGCGGCGGUUAGAGAAUUUAGCCGGACUUUGUUUAAUAUGAGGCCGGAUAUUUCUCUGUUUGUUUCCCGGACGGUUUUCAAUAGCGAUCUGAGAGGUGUGUUGGGGUUAGUUAGAGUACCGUCGUGUGUGAUUCAGACGGCGAAAGAUGUAUCUGUUCCGGCUUCGGUGGCGGAGUAUCUCCGGGAUCAUCUCGGUGGUGUUACCACCGUGGAAACGCUUAAAACCGAAGGUCAUUUGCCGCAUCUUAGUGCCCCGGCGCAGUUAGCUCAGUUUCUCCGGCGAGCACUUCCUCGGUGA